GAAUUUGUAAUAUUGAGAAAGGGCAAGCAUUGGAGUGAGGUGGGAAGGGAAGUAGUUUGGCAUGAAGAUACUCAACUGUUUUCAAACCCCAAGCAACCAUCUCAUAUCAGUCCAACCUGGUCCGCUGCAGCUCACCAGGACCUUUUCACAUCUGUUGCUUCACAUACAACAUAUUCAAGCGCCACUGCCUGCUGUAAGAUGGGAGAAGAUUCCCCUGCUAUAGGGGUGUUCUGGGACAUAGAGAACUGCCCAGUCCCAAAAUGGAAAUCAGCCUUGAGUGUAGUUCAGCGGAUACGUGACCGCUUCUUCCAUGGACAUCGAGAGGCUGAGUUCAUGUGUGUUUGUGAUAUCUUAAAGGAGCGCAAGGACAUCAUAGAAGAAUUGAACUCAGCGCAGGUAGAUAUUAUACACAUCAGUGCCAGCAGUAAGAAUGCAGCCGACGACAAGAUUAAACAGAGUCUACGACGGUUUGCUGACACCCAUCCGCCUCACACCAAAGUUAUUCUCAUCUCAGGUGAUGUCAACUUUUCUAUGGACCUCUCUGACCUCCGACACCGGAAAAAUUUCCAUGUCAUUCUCAUCCAUCGUGCACACUCUCACCAGUCCCUCAUUGCAUGUGCUAACGAGCACUACUGUUUCGAGGAGCUUGUGGAGGGUGUUCCUUGUCGAUCACCAUCUAAGACAUUUGAGGGACUUUCAGAAGUAGAAGUCCGGGGCUUCCCCUCCCACAUGCACACUGACAAGCUUAGAGCCCGACUCAAGAAACUGUCUGAGAACUGUGGCGGGCGUAUCACCAGUAUCACCCAGGACUAUGCCUUGCUCAAGUUCAGCAGCCAUGAAGUUGCUCUCAGAGCUCAGAAGAGAAUGGAUGGAGAGGAUGUGUAUGGCCAGAAGAUUAUUGCCCAGAUACCAGCUACAUCAAGCACAGGUGACAGCACUGUAGGAUCACCCCAGACAGGUUAUACAAAGAGGUCUAAACUUUCGAUGCCAGGUUUUGGAAGCCCUAAACAUUAUAAUCGACACAGCAGUCCAUCCGGGGACAGACAGACAUUCCGCAACAACUCCCCAUAUCGAGGGUGUCUGAGUGCACCUGUAGCCAGUGGGUACACCUCAAGCCCUGAGGCCAACCAUAGGCAAUCAGAUUUUGACGCUGACAAACAGCCUGAAAACUAUUCCACAAACGGGAAGCGACCAAGUCGAGAGAUGUUGAUGCUGCAGCAGCAACGCUACCAGGAGAGUCAGCACAAGCUGAAUGGGGGCUGCGGAGCAGGAGGGGAUGCUGGGGAUGAGAUGGAAGAUACAGCUGAGCUGGACAACCAGAGAUACGCUCAGCGCAGUGGGCACUGGUCAGGAGAUGAGAAAGGCAAAAUGCAGAGCUACAAGAGAAGACAUCUUAGUGGAUCUCAUUCUGAUGAACACACCGAGAACUAUCAUUACUAUUCUGCCCUUAGCCACAAUUCCAGCUUCACUUAUGGGAGCGGCAGCCCUAACCACAACCCUCAGCGUGUCCGACAUGGCAGUGGUCAUUAUGGAAAUCGCCCGAAGAGUGUUCCCUAUGAGCUGGAUUACCCAUAUGGCUCUUCAUGGCCUCCACCACAGGACAAUGAGUUCUUCCACCGAGGGAGCCCAAACUUCCGUUCAUACAGCCCUCGACGUUACAACUACAUGAACUCCAACCAAAACAACUGUAACUAUCAACAAAACAACUACCACAACAACUUCCAUAACAACAUCAAUAGCAGCAACAGCUUCCAGCCCAUCAUGCCUGGUGCAUCUCCCCCAGGCUCCCCACUCACUGAUGGAUCCUCACCCCAGGGGAUGGGUCCAGUAGAGCUGGUAGUCACAAACCUCGACUAUAACAUCAGUGCCAAGGAGUGGAGAAAGAUCCUCUUCACAACCUUCCAUCCUCACGUCAAGGUUUUGAAUGUGCAUGUGAAGACCCAGUUGGACAACACUUGUAUAGGCAUGAUUAAAGUCCCCACAAUUGAGGAAGCACGUUUCGCCAUCUCCCAGUUUCACAGAAAAAAAAUUGGCUACAAGCGUAUCCAGGUCAGCCUGAAGACAGACGAUGCCCACACAGCCAGUGCAAACAUCCGGGCUGAAGCCAUCGCACUACUGCAGGAAUCUAAAGGCAAUGUGCUGCCACUCUUCAAGUUCAUUGAACUGUUUGACAAGAGGUACCACAAGUCCAUCAGUGUGUCUGAGCUGUACAAGAUGCGGGAUACACUAGACAUCCGUGAGCAGGGUGGGGCAGGUAGGAUGGUGUAUCUGGCACCUGUGCUUUCCAAACCCCCAACCCCGCUAGAGGCGUCGGACACAGAUGGGGAGGAGGUUCUGGAGGAGCCUGUGUGUGCCAGUCACUGCCCCGAGGGAAGUGUGUUCUAUGCAGAAGCCAUGAACUCAUCCAUGUUGCCCAAUGUCCGCAUUCAGUUGAAGACACUUGCUGCCCAGGUCCACUCCAUGCUGCAGUCUCACAAUGGCCACAUGCCACUCAUGAGUUUCCCAGCCUGUUAUGCUGCUGAGUUCAGUGCCCUGGUGUCUGUGAAGGAGGGCUUGCCCCUGGAGCAUCUGAUCAGCUGUGUGCCCGGCAUACAGGUGCAAGUGUCCAGGCUGGGUGUCAAGAAGGUGCAGUGGAUGGAGAACCAGCCUCCCCAGGCUAUAGAGUUUGGCCGUCAAUCAGCAACAGCUAGCCCCCUCCUGUCCCACCAGUUGGGACAGAUAAGCCGUGAGGUGACAGAUCUUCUCAAACAUAGCGCCAACUGCAGAAUGCCAGUAUCCAAGUUCAUACCAGCAUAUCACCAUCAUUUCGGCCGCCAGUGUCGUGUAGCCGACUACGGGUACACAAAACUCAUGGAGCUUUUCGAGGCUAUUCCAUAUGCACUUCAGGUUCUUGGUACCGGAGAUCGGAAGAUCCUGACUUUGAGUCACCGUGCUCAGAUUCGUCGCUUCACUGCUGAUCUACUCAAGGUGUUGAAAGGCCAGCCUGCUAAACAGUUGGCAGUGGAGGAAUUCGCUGAGGCUUUCGAAGCUGUGUUUGGCAAGGCCUGGGAUGUGACGGAGUAUGGAGUCUGCUAUAUCGAGGAUCUGCUCAUGGAGAUCCCUCCAUCAACUCUCCUGAUGACUGUGGAGGAUGGCAAGUCCUUUAUUUCGGUUCCCAAGAGAGACCAGACACCUGAUGAGAUAGAGCGCACUAAACAGUUUGCACUUGAAGUAGUUGAUCUGCUGAAGCACAAUCCACGAUGCCGCAUGCCAUUCAACAAGUUCAUCCCAGCGUAUCAUCACCACUUCGGCAGACAGUGCAGAGUAGCAGACUACGGUUUUACAAAGCUAACUGACCUCUUCGAAGCUGUGCCUCAGGUUGUAGAGCUGGAGGAGGAGGGUGAUGAGAGGCUGCUUCGACUCACACAGCCAGAGAUGAGGAAGGUGCUGUCUGAACAGAUCACAAACCUGCUCAAGAUACAACCCGGUCAUGGUAUGAUAAAGGAUGACCUUCUACCAGCCUUCACUCGCCAGUUCAGCUUCAACCUUCACCUACAGGAUUUCCAGGUGGUGUCACUAGAUGCUCUUCUAGCAAGGCUAAGACACAUCAUCAGUAUUGAGACCUACAACAAUGUGGAAUAUGUUGUGUUGAUGAAGACCACCGAGUUGCCUCCCCUUGCUCUUCGUGUUCUACAGCUGCUGAUGGAUCAGAGCUCUGGUUGUCUGCCCCUAGUGGAGCUGUGCAGCUGGUACAAGACCACCUUCUCUGAAGAGUGUGAUGUCCAGACCAUCAAGGAAGAGCUUGUGGAUUUCGUUCAUGUGUCGGGGGAUGACGACGGCUCAGCAGUGAUCCGCCUGACAGCACUGCAGACACUUGCUCGGGACAUCCGCCAUAUGCUGAUGCGCCAUGGCCGAAUCCCACUCCAUCAGUUUGACAAGAUAUUCUUUGAGGUGCAUGGAUUGGAGAUAAAGCCAGCACUGCACGGGUUUGACUGCACUCACUCCCUCCUGCAGGCCAUCCCGCAUGUUGUGUCCGUCCGAGGAAAGGGCAACCGCAAAUACGUGCAGUUGUCCCUAGCAAUUAAAGUCCCAGCUACACUGCCAGCCUCGCUCAAAGGGAGUCCAGCUCGCAUAUUCUUUUCUGGGGACCACAAGGCACUGAAUGCUGGAAAAGGAGAGUCCUCCAACGAUUCUGGGGUCAAUGAUGCUUUAGACGAAGACCUGGACACGUCACAUGUGGAUGUACUGAGCCAGCCAGUGCCCUCUGCCAUCCCAUCCCCUGAGCUCAGACCAGCUCUUCACCAUACGAAGGACCUGAUUCAGCUUGACUCCCCACAAGACCAGGACAUCCUGUUCUUGACUGAUGAGGAGAAGCGAGGACAGAAGACUCCACUGUGUCUGACUCCCACAUCCGAGCUACUGCAGUUUGCUGCCCAAUGCCUCGUCAUCCGACCACCAGAAGGUGCUGGCAACAGUCGGAGCACGUCACCUGCCAUUGACAGCCAACAGGGACUCACUAGAAAUAGUGCAAUGACCCUGGCUGUCACGGCAACAGAAUUAGGUGACCAUGACUCUUCAUCCAAUGAACUGCUGGAGCUACUGAAAGGAGGCUGGUGGAAGGCAAGUCCAGAACAACUGGAAGUAGUAAGCAGAACUUUCCGUGUCACAGCCUCAGGACGAGAGAGUCCAGCAGAUCCUGCGCUCCGUAGCCAUGGUCACACUCCCAGUAUAGAGCCAGCGGAGAAAUUGCCCAAUGGUGAAGAGACUGGGUCUAAGCCAAGUGUGAACGCAGCUACCUCCACUCCAGUGGAAGUCCCUGCCUCAGAAGGUGGCAGCAUCAAUACCACUCUGAAGGAUGCAAGUAGCAGUUUUAGCAGUGAUGAAAGUAGUGAGCAAAACGCUGCCCACAAUGUGUCAUUUGACGAGAUGUUUAAAAUGAGUAUGCCCCUGGAGACCAGCUCCACCAAGUCCAGCACAGGGUCUGCCACAGACACCCCGGUUUCCUCGCCAAGGAAGUCCCGCUCCAGGAUGGCAGCAAGGUUCGUCAACCCCAUACACAAUGACAGUGCUUAAGCCGAAGAGUAAAAGGACAGCAUGUCUAGUGUCCGGUUUCACAGCAGUUUGUAAUAGCUGUUGCACUGCUGUGAAAACACCCCAGGAAAUACCUCACAAAGACCUGCGAAAAUCACCUACAGGGUAGCCCUGUAACACAUGAUGGAAGAGUUGUAUGAAGUAUUUGAAUGAUGUCAGGCACCUGGAGACACUAAAACAAGGCUGUGUGGGAAUGUAAAGAAGGGAGAGAACUCUUACAAGUUUGUCAUCAUGCUUGUCGCCUGUACUAGACAUGUGUAGAUAGAAGUUCAUGUAAGCAUGAAGACUGUCACUGGGGAUGUAACAUUUUACCCUGUAAAACAAGUUUUACGCUUUUAGAAUGAUUACAAUCCUAGACCUGGCAUCUUGACGACACAUUGUGGAUUUCAUCACUGAAUUUUAGUGUUUUAAUUUAUAUCUUGACUUAAGCUUAUUGCUUUGCAUAUCUUCCUGUAUGAGAUGUUUUAAUUUUGGUAAUUCUUACAUGAAGAUUGAACAAGAUUUAGAAAAUGAAUUUAAUUUGAAUGUUAGGAAGGAUGUCCUAUUGAAUUAGUUUUGCCAUGUAUUGGAAAUACAAUACAUAUAUCUUCUCCAGGUACAAGCCACAUUGUAUCAGCUAGUCUUGAAGUAGGAUUAGGUUUGUGUACUUGUAUAUCAAGUACUUGUUUCUAUUUUCCAGGACACAUAAUGGAAUAUGUGUUAUUUAUGUUCAGUGGCGUUGUAGAGGAAGGGACAUGAUGGAACUCACACCUCAUGACCGCAGUUGAAGCCUUGCAGUGUUACUGUAUCUCAGUCUGUUGAAGAAAACAGAUUUUUGUUGAGUUUACAGAUAUUAUCGAAUCUAAUAAUUACAUUAGUUUUGCUGUUAACGGGGAGUUUGAGAGCUGUUGCUAUGGUCACCACACUAAUCGAAAUGAUUCCUGAUUGGUAGCCAUGGUUACACAGCGGGCUGCCUCAAUGCAGGCCAACAGUGGACCAUGUAAACGCAGUGUUGACUGCAUCAUGGUCGGCCAGGUCAUGGGUGAUGUCGCUGUAUACAUGAGUAUACACAUGUUCAAAGUCUUUCCCUUCUUUGGCAACUUGCUUGUAUGUAUGUUACAAGUGUGAAGGUCAAUAUUUAGUUUCUAAAAGUUAUUUUGUACUUAUUUACUUUUUUUGCCAUAUUAGUACAUUUUUUGUAUGUAUUUCUACGAGCUACAAGUGCUACAGUGUCAUGUAGAGGUACGUGAUUGUUGUGAUCUGGUACAUACAUCUAUGUAUGGUCACGUGCAAGAGGGCAUGAUGCUGCCUCUGGGCAGGCCUCAGAUAAGCAAGUUGGGAGGCAAAAUUUGAAUAAGGCAAUCGUGAAGGAAAUAGGUUUAUGAUACUUGAAUGAAAUCCAGUCAUGGUCAUUCCUGCAUGUGUGCAUGCAGUGUAUUGUACAGGAUUCUCAAUGAAUUUGUGGCUUUUCAAUAAUAAAUGUGCAAAAAUUUAA